UGGUGGGCGGGUUUGGUGUAGAUCCCGGAAGUUUGUCUACCUGUGAGGAGAAUCUUCAAAAUUUCAAUUCUUUGAGCGCCAAGUAUGAAUUAGAACACCGUGGACGUCUUCUAAAGUGUUUUAGUUUAAAUACAGAUUGAAGCACAGGCGGUUGAAGUGACCUCCUCAUGGGAUCUGAACCCCCAAUUGCAUGGUGUGAAGUCUAAAGCCUUAACCACCACAUUGUACUUUGAGUUUUACAGGUUCCACACGUGCUGCGCACGCACUUUCUCCAGGAUUUCCGUACUGCCGCUCUUUCCGGAAGAUCCAGCGGUUUUGAGCCUCAGCUGACUGCCGUCACUUGAUUGAAGGAGAAAGCACCGUGAAGUCGUCCAAGAACGUGUGCCCAGGAGUUAUUUGGGAGAGGCGAAACAUGGUAACAAACCCACCCCCGAAACUACACGUUGUUGUUCCAGAAGAUGAAAGGUUGCAGAAGGUCAAAGAGAAGUUUAUAUCAAAAUUUGGAUCUCCUCCAUUGUUCUAUGCACGGGCACCUGGGCGAGUCAAUUUAAUUGGGGAGCACAUUGACUACUGCGGAUAUGCAGUGCUUCCGAUGGCCAUUGAGCAAGAUAUCUUGGCUGCUGUGUCUCCGAAUCCAAAGCAACUUAUCCAGUUGGUCAACACCAAUCCUGCUUACCUUGAUUUUACGAUCGCUGCCAGUGAGAUCCAUAUUGAUAAAUCGAAACCUCUUUGGCAGUAUUACUUUCUCUGUGGACUGAAAGGAGUCCAGGAGCAUUUCGAGCUUCCAUGUCCACCUGGGAUGAACUGCGUCGUCGACGGAACAAUCCCGGCCAGUUCUGGGCUAUCGAGCUCCAGUGCCUUGGUGUGUUGUGCUGGUCUCGCCACUCUGGAAGUCUGCAAGAUGGGCUUGUCAAAGGUGGAGCUGGCAGAGAUUUGUGCCAGGUGUGAGAGGUACAUUGGCACAGAGGGUGGAGGAAUGGAUCAGUCUAUUUCCUUUCUAGCAGAAAAAGGAAAAGCAAAGCUAAUAGAAUUCAGUCCUCUCAGAGCAACUGAUGUACAGCUUCCGAGUGGAGCCGUUUUUGUGAUUGCCAACUGUUGUGUGGAAAUGAACAAAGCUGCAACAUCUCAUUUCAACAUCAGGGUGGUGGAAUGCCGGCUGGCCGCAAAGCUUUUAUCGAAAGCAAGAGGCCUGGACUGGAAAAAGGUGAUGAAACUGGGAGAAGUUCAGACAGUGCUUGGCGCCAAUCUGCCGGAAAUGCUAACAGCCGUUGAGGAGCUGCUGCACCCUGAGCCUUACAACCGAGAGGAAAUCUGUCAAUUGUUGGGAAUCACCAUAGAAGAACUAGGCAGCAGCAUUCUUAGCCAGAAUACUCAAGACGUGACCAGCUUCAGGCUGUACCAGCGUGCGAAGCACGUCUACGGUGAAGCAGAACGGGUUCUGCGCUUUAAAGAUAUCUGCGCCGAGGCACCAGAUGAAGCCGUCCAGCUGCUGGGAGAGCUGAUGAACCAAAGCCAUGCGAGCUGCCGAGACCUUUACGAAUGCAGCUGUCGAGAGCUGGAUCAGCUGGUAGACAUCUGUCUGCAGUCUGGGGCAGUGGGCUCGCGGCUGACGGGAGCCGGCUGGGGAGGAUGCACAGUGUCCAUGGUGCCGAGAGAGAAGAUGGACUCAUUUCUGCUAAAUGUCCGAGAAGCCUUUUACAGGGCAGAUGCCUCGAGAGCAGCUUUGGAAAGGCAAAGUUUAUUUGUCACCAAGCCUGGCGGAGGAGCAGCAAUUCUUACUGAAAUCUGAAGGAAAGGCAGAUCACUUGCUAAAGGCGACAUGCUUUCAUUAAGGAAUAUCUGACAUAUUCCCUGUAGUUGAAACCAAUGAAAUUAGAUAUGCAGUAUUUGGCAAAACGCAAUUUUUUUUCCUUAUUAUAUUUCCUAUUAACCUUACAACUUGAACUAUUCCUUCAUUUACUCUGGAGGAUCUUCAGAAUCGUCGUCUGCCCUUUAAAUUUCUUCCUCCUUCUCACGCUCAUCCCUUCUGACUACCAAAGUAAGUUUCAAGCGCCUAAUGGAAAUGCAAACCAUAUGGUCGGCUGGGAAGACGAUUCUUGUUUACACUGAAUAAUCUGUGCCUACUGCAGAAAGCCAACUUUAGUAAGGGAAAAAAACAAAAGGUAUUGUGAAGCCCUGUCAAAAUAUUUACCAGUUUCAUCUAAUAAUUUGAAAAACCGGGCAAUAAAGUAGGAGUAAAAUAAAAUGUAAUGUUUAUAUUGCAUUAAUAAAGGGAAUCUUGCCUUAA